UUGGUUUUUGAUUUUGAAGGGGAGGUAGUGGAUGGAAUGGAAUUGGAAUGUAAAAUGUCGUCUGGUCUGUAAAGUAGUAGUAGAGAUAUGUCGUUUAGGAGGAAAUUUGGGUGGUAUCCAAUUGCGAAAGAAACAUUGUAGACUGUUGUACUAAUUGACAGAAUGGAGAAUUUUAACUCUGGUACUUGAUAUCUCUGCUCUUCAGACAGAAUUUUAUUGCAGGAUUUUAGAUUUUUUGCUGGUUAGUUUAAAGAAUACUUGAACAUGCCUUUGAAUGCAGACAUAUCAACUGCCCUACAGUUGUUGGAACACAUCCAAACAACUAUCGACUGUAGUGAUGAUGCCAAACUUCAGGCGCAAACCAAUGACGACUUGAAUUUUCUCAUAUCAGUGCUUGAAAAUCCAAUCCUUCGGGGUAUUGUCACAGUGCAGGAUUCUCUGAGCGAACUGAACCAGCAGUUGCAGCAGCACCCGUCCAUUCUGCCGGUCGACUUUGACAUCACAGCUUGUGGCGACCUGGUGCUCAAUGUCCCGCCGCCAGUCAACAUCUUCGACGCGGGGUUCGAGAGGGAUUAUCGCCCCAACAGCCAUGAGUUCGAAGACCAGAGGGUGCCGGUGGCGAAGCUGUCUCACAGCUCUCCGAGCGACACUUCCUCCCCCCAGAUCACUAGUCCAAGCUUGGCCCCUGAGGACGUGGUUCUGCCCCCAAUUACCACCCCAACUUAUGCCCUAGAGUUCCAGAAAGCCAUUGAGGCCUCUUCCCAGGGCCGGGAAGUUCUAACUGUGCAGCUGUUCAAGCCAGAGGGCAGCAGUCUCGGUUUCAGUGUUGUGGGACUGCGCAGCGAGGAGAAGGGAGAGCUGGGGAUCUUUGUGCAGGAGAUCCAGCCGACUGGCAUCGCUGGCCGGGAUGGAAACUUGCACGAAGGGGACCAGAUUCUAGCCAUCGAUGGCCAGCCCCUGGACUCGAACAUCUCCCACCAGCAGGCCAUCAGCAUCCUGCAGAAGGCUCGGGGGCUGGUGGAGCUGGUGGUAGCGCGCACCGGGACCGAGGAGGCGCCCGCCACCCCGCCCUCGCCCUCCCCCGUCGACCGCUCCCCCUCCGCCGUCAGCGACACCUCCAAGGCUGGCUCCGACAUGGUGCUGAACACUGAAUGGGCUCAAGUUGAAGUUAUUGACCUUAUCAAUGAUGGAUCGGGACUGGGUUUUGGGAUCAUCGGAGGCCGCAGCACGGGAGUGGUGGUCAAGACUAUUCUGCCAGGCGGAGUCGCCGACAGGGACAACCGAUUGCAGAGCGGGGACCACAUCCUGCAGAUUGGCGAGGUCAACUUGCGAGGGAUGGGCUCGGAGCAGGUGGCGGCCGUGCUGCGACAGUCGGGGAGCCACGUGAGGUUGGUGGUCGCUCGCCCCGUGGAACCCACUUCUCCGGAUUACCAGGCACUUGGCAGCCACGCGCCGAUCGUCCAGACCAAAAUUCUCGGGGACCCUGAGGAGCUGGACAGACAUCUGCUCCAGAACGGUUAUCCGGAGACGUUCAAUCCCCACUUGCCUGCGCUGGACAGCUUCGACAACCCUUCCAUUUAUGGUCAGCCGGACUCCGACAUUGAGCUGCACGUGGACCCCAGCCUAGUGGUGGACGUGGUCAGGAACACGAUGCCCCUUGGACCGAUUCCACCCCUCCCCCUCCUCACCAGCACCCCUUCCCUCCCGGUGCUCACCAUGGACCUGUCUGCGCUCGACUCUCAUAGCCUGCCGGAGAUGGAGAAGUUUGUGGUCGAGUUGAAGAAAGACUACCACGGUAUAGGCAUCACGAUCGCUGGCUACGUUUGUGAGAAAGAAGAACUUUCUGGGAUAUUUGUGAAGAGCAUCAGCGAGGGCAGUGCAGCAGAUUUGUGCAGGAAGAUCCAAGUGAACGAUAGAAUAGUGGAGGUGGACGGGCAGUCGCUGCAGGGCUACACGAACCACCAGGCGGUGGAGGUGCUGCGCAACACGGGCCAGGUGGUGACGCUGUGCCUGGAGCGGUACCUGCGCGGGCCCAAGUACGAGCAGCUGCAGCAGGCCAUCGCCAACAGCGAGCUGAAGGCCCCGACGCCCUCCUCGCCGUCCGCCACCUCGCUGCCCCGCUACCCCGUCAGCACGGACGGCGAGGAGACGGAGACGGAGACGGAGGUGGAAGGGGACGGGGAGUCGCGCACCACGGUGGGCUCCCUGGCGCUGGAGCAGGCCGUGGAGGCGGUGAACCCCGGCGUGGCGCUGGAGGGCGUGGAGAGCCUCGUGGACGCCGACUACACCGGCGAGCUGAAGCCGGCCGUCGAGGAGGCCAUCAGGGCCAAGUGGGGCGGCGUCGUGGGGCCGGACGUCGAGAUCGUGGUGGCACAGCUGUGCAAGUUCGGCGAAGGGGGCGGCCUGGGCAUCAGCCUGGAAGGCACGGUGGACGUGGAGGACGGGCAGGAGGUGAGGCCGCACCACUACAUCCGCUCCAUCUUGCCGGACGGCCCGGUGGGGAUCAACCACCGCCUGCGAUCUGGAGACGAGCUGCUGGAGGUGAACGGGCUGCGUCUGCUCGGCAUGAACCACAUCGAAGUGGUGACGAUCUUGAAGGACCUGCCCAUGAACGUGCGGAUGGUUUGCGCUCGGCGUCUCGGGGAGACGGUCCCCUACAGGGUGAUCGACACCUCCCAGGACAGAGAAGCGUUUGCAGCCAGGAGCAUCUUGGGCGGCAGCCUCCAGAACCUGAUCCCCACCACGGACCGCCUGGUGAAGGCCAAGUCGGACGGCUCGCUGGCCUCCACCGCCACCGCCACCGCCACCGACGGCAGCUUCUCCAAGAUGAAGUCGCGCUCCCUGGAGCCGCUGACAGGCCUCGCCAUGUGGAGCUCCGAGCCGCAGAUCAUAGAGCUGGUCAAGGGCGAGCGCGGCCUGGGGUUCUCCAUCCUCGACUACCAGGACCCCAUGAACCCCAACGAGACGGUGAUCGUGAUCCGCAGCCUGGUGCCGGGGGGCGUGGCCCAGGUGGACGGGCGCCUGAUCCCGGGCGACCGCCUGCUCUUCGUGAAUGACACGGACCUGGAGAACGCCUCGCUGGACCAGGCCGUGCAGGCCCUGAAGGGCGCGCCCAAGGGCGCGGUGCGCAUCGGCGUGGCCAAGCCGCUGCCCAUCCCGGACAGUGCCUCCCACAGCCAGGUAAGCGAGGAGGGCCCCUGCGAGACGGACCACCGCCCCGACCCGGAGCCGUCCGACGGGGGCGAGGGGGGCUCGGCUUCGCCCACGCAGGGCGGGCUGGUCAAAUCCGAGAGUUUCUAGAGAGCUGAAAUCAGGUUCGCGCAAGUCGCAUUACAACGUGCCCUUUCAUUUGUUACAUUGGUCAAUUACAUCAUGCGCAGAUCAAAAUUAAAUUAACCUUCGCAGUAAAAAGUUCCCGAUGUUAAUGUUUUUUAAUUUUUUUUUGACAUUGUGUGGACAGUUAAUUUGUACGCCAAAGUUACAGUAGUAUUCAAAAUCAAAAAUAUUGCAGUAUUAGUUUCUACAAUUUAAAAAAAAUUAUUUCUUCAGCUAUCUGCUGCUGAAUGUUUGUAUAAGAAUAUUGGUAUACAUAUUUGAUUUGAGUGUUUUGAGUGUUUGUAUCACUGCAUUCUUUACUUUUGAUUCUGGAUCAAAAUAGAAUCAUUUUUAUUGUGAGUUCAGGUGUUUUAUACCCUGGUUAUUUUUCUUCGAUAAUAAAACUUUGUCUUAUUUUUAAACCUACGCAAGUGUGAAUAUCGAACAAACAAAAUUUUUAAUUGCAAUGGCAGAUUUAAAUAUUUUAACCCAUACAACACACGGUUUUGUAUUUGCUUACUUUUUGUUUUGUUUUCAGGAACUUUUAUGAUAAUCAGUUUUUUUUCUUGCAAUGUGACCCUCUUUUUGCAUGGUUAGUCCCCAAAUUAGCUUUAUGUUUAUAGUAUUCAUGUAGGCCUAUUUUCUGUAAUAUAUUUUCAAAUUCAUUAAGUAUAAAUUCACUUCAUGACAUUUUUAUGACAAUGUUAUUUGGUAUCUUAAAAAUAUUGUUUAUUUUAUUUAAACAUGACUGUAUAGUACUUAAGAACUAAGAAAUAUUUGGAAGUAAAUUCAAAUAGUUUAUUGUUUUUUUGUGGUAUAUUUCCUCAAAGUGUUAUUUGAACAAGCACUUAAGUGUAUCAAAUUGAUUGGUGUUUUGCAGUACACAUUUAAUCUUGUCUGUUUCAAUAAUUGCGUGGGGUGUAUUUACUUAAGCUGUGUUACUAAAGUAGCUAGUGUCUUGUUGUUUCCUGAGGUGUUCCUUGGAAAACAUGCUAUAACAAUCAUUGGUGUAAGGAAGUACAGUUGAAGUUAUAUGCAUGUACCCCUCUCCUGUCCUGCUACUAGCCUUGAUGUCAGCAUAUGGAGAAAAUUAAAACGUGUACAUGCUGGCGAAGACAAAUUAUGUUGACUACUUAAAUAAACAGCUUCCAGCUGUUGUCUGCCCAGCUUGCAGUGUUUUGGUUACAGUUGUUCAUAAAGAGCUAAAUGUGUCUGCAUUAAAUAUUUUGAUUUUCCAAGCAAUUAAAAGUUAGUGGCCUGUGAGAAAAGUGAAAUUUAACAUGUAGUGGCACAACAUAGUACUCGCUUUGCCCUGUCGACUUACCACGAGCUGUAUAAAUUUGUAAACUUUUACUAUUGUUGGUAAGAUAUCCAUUUGCUGUUUGUUCAGGGCAUGCAGGCUAGAUUUUUUCUUAUCAAUCUUUUUUUUUUGUUUUUAAUUUUGAAAUAUGAUGCAUUGUGGUUUUUAUUUUUUGUUUAAUUUUUUUUUGUGCUUAAGCUUCUUAAGUUAUUCAUGAGCAUCAUAUAAAACAUAGAAUGUUAAUUUACUCAAUAAAUACAAUAUUUUUUAUAGGAAAGAUUGUAUCUAAAUAUUUUACGGUUUAUGGUUUUCAUAUUGAUCAUAAUUUGAUUGGUUAGUAUAUUUAAAUUUUUGCGACUUAUUUUAUAUGUUGGAAUAGAUAUUAUUUACUACAAAGUUAGUUUAAAUAUUUCAACUAGCGUGGUUUUCUGCAAGUAAUGAGUUUUACUUAGUUGAUAAUUUAAUUAAGUGAGGUUUAGCCAGGUAAAAUAUUGGUAGUCUGUCUAUGCUGACGUCAUGUGCACCAGUGGGCGAGUUUUGGCUGCCUAACGGUUUCACCUUAUUUCCUAUCGCCACGGUAACAAUCAUGUAUAACUGACUGGAUGUUUGUUCUGAUGUGAAUGUAUGCUACUAAAAGCCUGGACCAAUUUGCUUUAAAUUCAAUUACUCAUUGCCUUCUUGCUCAAUAUUCAAAGGCAUGAAAAAUGGUGUAGGAAAAAAAGUAUUGAUCUGAAUUUUUAGAUAAAUCUUGGUGUUUAUGCAGCAUUAUUCCAGAAAAUUUCCAGAAUAGUUUAAGUGUUCUCCUAUGGGGUUAAAGGUAUUUUUUAAUCCCAGCCAGAUUAGAUGGGCACUGUGAAAAUGCUACUCAUGCACACUAAUUCAGUGUCAAAAUCUGUUGUCACAUCAGUGUAUUAGAUGGCACGGGAUUUUACUCACUGCCUUUAGAUGUAGUUAACUGAAACAUACUCUCCUUUUUGAAUGUGUUAAUAUUUUGGUGGAGUGUGGGUGUUCAGCGAGUUCCAUCCACUUAUUUUAUAUAUAAAAAAAUAAUUGAUAACAUUUCUUUCAGUGGCAUGCACUGUAGAAGUUUUGUUUUGAAUUUUUGUUUACCUAUUCAUUUUUAGCUUGCAUUGCUCGCCCCUGCAGUUUUUAAGGCCUACUAAUACACAUUAUUUUUAGCCUUUUGUUCACAUCUUGUAUGUUUUUUUAAUUGCUCUUACUUGAAUCACAGAAAGCAAUCUGUUGUCUUAAUUCUGGAUCGUGUACUGUGCAGAAUGGUGCUAGAUGAAAAGCUCUCUUGUCAUGUCAGAAAUAGUUUGGAUUUGGAUUUUUCCAAUAUUUAUUUUGUUGUAAUUAUUUGAAGGAUAUUAAUGCUUUGUGAAAUUAUAUAUUAAUCAAAGUAUUCUUUAAGAGAUACUUUUUUUUAUUGUCAAUGUACAGUGAUGUCUUUAUUUUGUAAAAUAUACAGUAUAUAAAAAAUAAUAAAUUUUUUCCACCCAAAAGACUUAAUAAUUUAUUUUCUUAUAAAACCUCCCCUUAAAACUGUUCCAUGACAGAAUUAUUUCCUUAAAACACUUGAAACUAGUGACAAGACUUUCUGUUAUGGAAGCAGUUUAUCACACACUAGUUUCUUUAGUAAAUUAAUAAAUAAUGACACCAGUUAAAUAUUAAAUUAUUUUAGAUUUCUGUGAUCAAAGUCCCUUGUGCUAAGUUGCUUUUCUUUAUGGUGGCAUGAAGCUUUCUUUUGCAUUGUGGUAUUCUAUCUUCAUUUCACUCUCGUUUCUGUCUUGAAAGUAGUUACGUGUUUUGUUGAUCUGGUCUAACCAAAACCAUGUGUUUUCUGAUUUUAAUUUUAUUUUUAUAGCACAUUAUACCUUCUAUAGUCUGUUAGUAGACUAAUACACCACCAAUCAUAUUUAGCGGAAAAUUUUUUCUUCUGACGGUAAAUAAUUGAAAUUCAUUGUGGAUUUAACUGUUUGAGAUCUCGUCAUUGGAAAGUUGUGAUUGUAUGAUAAGAAUUUUACGAAAUAUAUAGUGUGUCCCAGGGGAUAGUUCUUUAGAAACAACUCGGAUUGGACCUGCUUUCUGCAUUUUAAUUGCAUGGUUGAAGAGUGCAUCCUCCCAUAAUAUUGUAAAAUGUUUAUGCAACUAAUACUAUGUAAUAGUAAAAAGUGAUCUGUAGUAUCAUUUUGUCAAAUUAUUUUUUUUUAAGAGGGAUGACCGUGGAAAUUGGCUCCAAAUCAU